AUGCUGAUGGUCAUCGUUAAACAAGAGGAAGAAGACCAUAUGGAGCAGAUGUCCAAUGGUCCACUGUCAUCUGACACACUCAUCAAACAGGAGCAAGAAGAGGGCCUAGAACAAGGCACUACAGCUCCAAGUGACCAACUCCCUGAGGAAACCGACACCCUGGAAGAAGCAGAGGAGGAGAAAAAGAGGAGGAAGGGAAAGACCGAAGAGAGGUUCUGGGCUGCUGUUGAGACUGAGGAUGUCUCUGGGUCAGACUCCAGACGGGGUGCCCACGGCCACAAGGUCAAACUGGAGUUCCGGUGCCCAGUGUGUGGCGACCGCUUCCUCCGCCCCACAGCCUUCAUCAUGCACAAGCGCAGUCACAUGGGCCAGUCCCAGUACGUCUGUGGGGUCUGUGGACGGACGCUCAAGAGCCUGCGCAAGCUGUCCUCCCACAAGCGCUCACACUCCCGCCGCCGCGGGACUGUGGCUGAACGACAGCAGUGCCAUGACUGCAGCCAGAGCUUCUGUAACUUGACGGCACUCAGAAGCCACCGGGAGAGACAGCAUGGAGAGGAGAGGAACUGGAAGGAUGAGGAGGACAGUGCGGUGAGAGAGGAAGAGCAGGGAAGCACUGCAGUAAUCUCUAAUGAUUCAACCAGAGUUUCAGCUCAGCCUCCCCAGUCUCCUCAGUGCCACCAGUGUUUCAUGACCUUUCAGGAUGCAGAGACAGAAGAGAGGCAUUUACGCUUCAAGCACCCAGUAGAGUAUGAGAGACAUCUCAGAGGUCGCACAGUGUUUGCCUGCUGUGUCUGCGACCGUACAUUCUCCUCCUCCCGCCUGCUCUCAGCUCACCAACGCACCCACAGCAAGUGA